AGGGCAUCCAGCACUGCCCUUCCCCCACUCCCCCACCCCAGUAACCCCGGCCAUAUUGGAGCCUCAGACUUAAGUUAUGAAAAAGGUCCUGUAACCCAAGAUACUCACUGAACAAGGCUAGCAGGCUCAGACUGGGGUCUGCAGUUCAGCAUCCAUGGGCGCUGACUUGAAUAUGGAAGAGUUUUCUCUAGCAAAGCAGCAGCUUUCAUUUGCCUGUUUCCCAGAGUAAUGUGGGCCAUGGAGCCAGGCCACCUCCUCUGGGCUCUCCUGUUCAUGCAACCCAUUUGGCCUCGACUAACUGAUGGAGCAACUCGAAUCUACUACCUGGGCAUUCAGGAUGUGCAGUGGGACUAUGCUCCCAAGGGAAAGAAUAUCAUCACGAACCAGUCUCUGGACAGUGACACAGUGGCUUCUAGCUUCCUAAAGUCUGACAAGAACAGGAUAGGGAGAAGCUACAAGAAGACCAUCUAUAAAGAAUACAAGGAUGACUCAUACACGGAUGAAGUGGCCCAGCCUGGCUGGUUGGGCUUCCUGGGGCCAGUGAUACGAGCUGAGGUGGGAGAUGUCAUCCUUAUACACCUGAAGAAUUUUGCCACUCGUUCUUAUACCAUCCACCCUCAUGGUGUUUUCUAUGAGAAGGACUCAGAAGGCUCCCUAUACCCGGAUGGCUCCUCUGGGCGGCUGAAAGCUGAUGACUCUGUUCCCCCGGGAGGCAGUCAUAUCUACAAUUGGACCAUUCCAGAAGGUCAUGCACCUACUGAUGCUGACCCAGCAUGCCUCACUUGGAUCUACCAUUCUCAUGUAGAUGCUCCACGGGACAUUGCAACUGGCCUCAUUGGACCCCUCAUCACUUGUAAAAGAGGAGCCCUCGAUGGGGCCAUUCCUCCUCAGCGGCACGAUAUGGACCAUGAUUUCUUCCUGCUCUUCAGUGUGGUAGAUGAGAACCUUAGCUGGCAUCUCGAUGAGAACAUUGCUACUUAUUGCUCAGACUCUGCCUCAGUGGACAAAGAAGAUGAGGCCUUUAAGGAAAGCAACAGGAUGCAUGCAAUUAAUGGCUUUGUGUUUGGGAAUUUACCAGAGUUGAGCAUGUGUGCACAGAAGCGUGUGGCCUGGCAUUUGUUUGGCAUGGGCAAUGAAGUGGAUGUUCAUACAGCUUUCUUCCAUGGACAGAUGCUGAACAUCCGUGGACAUCGAACUGAUGUGGCUCAUGUCUUUCCAGCUACCUUUGUUACUGCUGAGAUGGUGCCUCAGGAGCCUGGCACUUGGUUAAUUAGUUGUCAAGUGAACAGUCACUUGCUAGACGGCAUGCAGGCAUUUUACAAGGUGAAGUCUUGCUCCACUACUCCUCCUUUGGACCAGCUCAGAGGCAAAGUUCGGCAAUAUUUCAUUGAGGCCCAUGAAAUUCGAUGGGACUAUGGCCCAAUGGGGCAUGACGGAAGUACUGGGAAGAGUUUGAGAGAGACUGGCAGUAUCUCGGAAAAGUUCUUCCAGAAGAGUUCUAGUAGAAUUGGGGGCACUUACUGGAAAGUCCGAUAUGAAGCUUUCCAAGAUGAGACAUUCCAGGAGAAGGUACAGUCAGAGGAAGAUAAACAUCUUGGAAUCCUGGGGCCAGUGAUCCGGGCUGAGGUAGGUGAUACCAUCCACAUUGUCUUCUACAACCGUGCCUCCCAGCCAUUCAGCAUGCAGCCCCAUGGGGUCUUUUACAAGAAAGACUACGAGGGCACUGUGUACAAUGAUGGAUCAUCCCACCCUGGCUUGGUGGCCAAGCCCUUUGAAAAAGUAACAUACCGCUGGACAGUCCCCCCCCAUGCAGGUCCCACUGCUCAGGAUCCUGCCUGUCUCACCUGGAUGUACUUCUCUGCCAUGGAUCCCAUAAGAGAUACAAAUUCUGGCCUGGUGGGCCCCCUGCUGGUGUGCAAGGCUGGUACCUUGGGUGCAGAUGGCAAGCAGAAAGGAGUGGACAAAGAAUUCUUUCUCCUUUUUACUGUGUUGGAUGAAAACAAGAGCUGGUACAGCAAUGCCAAUCAAGCAGCUGCUAUGUUGGAUUCCCGACUGCUGUCAGAGGAUAUCGAGGGCUUCCAGGAGUCCAAUCGGAUGCAUGCCAUUAAUGGGUUUCUGUUCUCUAACCUGCCCAGGCUAGACAUGUGCAAGGGUGAUAUAGUGGCCUGGCACCUGCUUGGCCUGGGCACAGAGACUGACGUGCAUGGGGUCAUGUUUGAAGGCAACACCGUGCAGCUUCAGGACAUGAGGAAGGGUGCAGCCAUGCUCUUUCCUCACACCUUUAUCAUGGCCAUCAUGCAGCCGGAUAACACUGGGACAUUUGAGAUUUAUUGCCAGGCUGGCAGCCAUCGAGAAGCAGGGAUGAGGGCAGUCUAUAAUGUCUCCCAGUGUCCUGGCGACCAGGCCACCCCUCAUCAACGCUACCAAGCUGCAAGAAUCUACUACAUCAUGGCAGAAGAAGUGGAGUGGGACUAUUGCCCCGAUAGGAGCUGGGAAUUCGAAUGGCACAACCGAUCUGAGGACAGUUAUAGUCACAUUUUCCUGAGCAACAAAAAUGGCCUCCUAGGUUCCAGAUAUAAAAAAGCUAUAUUCAGGGAAUACACUGAUGGUACAUUCAGGAUCCCUCGGCCAAGAACUGGACCAGAGGAGCAUUUAGGAAUCUUAGGCCCAUUUAUCAAAGGAGAGGUGGGUGAUAUCCUGACUGUGGUGUUCAAGAAUAAUGCCAGCCGCCCCUAUUCCAUGCAUGCACAUGGAGUGCUUGAAUCUACUACUGGCUGGCCACUGGCUGCUGAGCCUGGUAAGUGA